GUCAUAAAUCAACAAAAGGAAAUAUCAUUUGAAUAUAUUGUUUCAUAAGAUAGUAAAGUAAUUAAGUUUCUAGUAGCAAUGACUUUCAAGUCAUUAGUAUUAAUCAUUGCCAUAAUGGCUGUUUUAUCUUCAAUGAGCCGUGCAUCUGAUCCUAGCCCUCUUCAGGAUUUCUGUGUUGCUGUUGAUGACUCCAAGAAUGCUGUUUUCGUGAAUGGAAAAUUUUGCAAGAAUCCAAUGGAUGUCACUGCUGAUGACUUCUUUAGGCCGGGGCUAAACAUGGCCGGAAAUACUUCAAAUCAACUUGGAUCUGCUGUAACUGCAGUGAACGUCAACAACUUGGCAGGACUCAAUACCCUGGGCAUUUCCUUAGCUCGUAUUGAUUUUGCACCAUAUGGUCUCAACCCACCUCAUACUCACCCCCGAGGAACUGAAGUUCUUGCCCUCUUUGAGGGUACACUCUACGUUGGAUUUGUCCUUUCGAACCCUGGUCCAAAUAUGAAGAACAAACUCUUUACCAAAAUCCUGCAUCCUGGAGAUGUGUUUGUUUUCCCAGUAGGUCUAAUUCAUUUUCAAUUUAAUGUGGGAAAGACUAAUGCAGUUGCAUUUGCUGGACUCAGUAGCCAAAAUCCAGGAGUCAUUACUAUCGCAAAUGCAGUAUUUGGAUCAGACCCACCAAUCAAUGACGAUGUCCUCGCCAAAGCAUUCCAAAUUGAGAUCAAAGUUGUCGAUUACCUCCAAUCACAAUUCUGGUGGGAUAACAACUAAACCGUUAUUUAAAAAAUAUAUAUGAUCUACAAAUAAUUAUGGUUUUGUGAACCGCUUGUGUCACAAAAUUACUAAAUAAGUAUUGAUCAUGUCGACUUGUUUAAUUUCCUCUCCAUUUUAGUGUGAUGUAUUGGAUGAGGAUAUAUGUUAUGUGUGGUUUGUGUUAUGGAAUACCAAUAAGUUUAUUAUUUCUGA